GCGGUGAAACAGCAGUGGUGUGUUACCCUUCAUGAUGGCCUGUUGAUGGCGGGGAGCUGAGGCGGAGAGAUGGCCAUGAGGACAGAAAGAGCAAGGGGGAGAGUUUGGAGAGGAGCCGGGGACUGCCCAUGGUGGAUGGGCGGAGCAGUAAGCAUGCGCUGAGCUGGCAGACUCUGGGCUGGUCCUGACGGGCUGGCUGGGCUCCGGGCGGCUGUCUGUGCGCUUCAGACGGUCGUGGGGGAGACUACCAUCAACACUCAGCGUCUCCUCGAGUGCUCAGAGGAAAAAAAGACAGAAGAGACACGGGGAUAACUAGGAGAAAAGAAAGCAAACAGCCCCCACCUCGGCAUCUGGAAAAAGCACCGAAGAGGAAGGGGACGAUCCUCCCCUUCUACCCCACACCCCGUCGCCAACCCGCCCUACCUACCCUACCCACCACUUCGUGCCAUCCCUCUGGUCUGAACUGCCCUCCCACCCCCCCUAGGAGAACCACGACCACCCAUAGGAAACCCCCACUUGACCAGCGUUGCCAUUAAGCGAUGCGCUCUGAAUUUAGGAAGAAAUCACCUAUGCGUUUUUGAUGCACAGUACAACCAGUGGUCUUCAUUUUUCCACAGCGGGAACAGUUAAGGCUACGGAUUUGGGUGUUUACACUUUUUUUGACGGGUUUCCAGUGGCAUGAUAACAUGCAUCAUAUAUCAUCCCACUGCAACAAACAAGGCUGUCACUCCUUCGAUUAGUCUUUAUUUAAACAACCAGCUGUCACAUACGUUGCGUUUGCGUUGAUGUUUGAUUUUUCCAUGCUUAGAAAUAAUACUGAUAAUGGUCUGGGAACGGACCGCCUCUCCAGACACCUAGUGAAAUUUUCUCAAGACGUGUCAGCUCUAUAUUUCGUUUUUAUCGAAGAAAAAGCGACAAAUUGACGAGGAGUCACUUGACACCGACGGCGCUUGAGCCAAAGGACUUUGCGUGGCGAAGUUUGCAGAGGGAAGAGGGGCACCAAGUCGGAGAUAUCUCGGCCAUAUCCACGGCAUUUUCCCUGUAAGGUGGGAGGUCGGAGGGUUGCGGUCAUGCUGUCCCUGGACGAGCCCCUGGACCUGAAGCUCCCUCGGCGAGCUAAUGGGCGGGACAGAGGGGCGCGCUCACCCCCACUCUCCCCACUACACCCCAAGCGAGCUCGCCAGCUCCGCAUGGCAGACGAUGGCACCGCAGUCAUUGAACCCGCUUCGCCAGCAUCUCCACACACAGGUAUGCAGGUGGUCCCUCAUGACCGAACAGAAACUCCCACCCCCCCUGCAGUGGACCUGAGCCUGUCUCCUUCCUCCCGCCACACCCCCAGCUCUCCAGAAAUGACCAAUGGCAACUACAUCCCCUCAGGGAAUUCUCACAUCUCACAGGCCUUUCAGUUCUUUGUGCCAAUCGGAGCUGGGGCAGGACUUCACCUGCCAUCCUCCAUGUUCAUUGGCCAGACGAGUGACAAAAGGGCCUCUCCUGACCUCUCAGCAGAUGAACAACUGGCUUGCCGCUGGAAGAAGUGCCAUCUGCUCUUUGACUCCCUCCAAGACUUGGUGGAUCAUGUCAAUGACUUCCAUGUCAAGCCUGAGAAGGAUUCUGGUUACUGCUGCCACUGGGAGGGCUGCGCUCGCAAAGGGAGGGGGUUUAAUGCUAGGUACAAGAUGCUCAUCCACAUCCGCACUCACACUAAUGAGAAGCCCCACCGCUGUCCCACCUGCAACAAGAGCUUCUCACGCUUGGAGAACCUCAAAAUACACAACCGCUCACACACAGGUGAAAAGCCCUACAUUUGUCCAUAUGAGGGUUGCAACAAGCGUUACUCCAACUCAAGUGACCGCUUCAAGCAUACACGCACACACUAUGUCGACAAGCCCUACUACUGCAAGAUGGUGGGCUGUCUGAAGCGCUACACAGACCCCAGCUCUCUUCGCAAGCACAUCAAGGCCCAUGGUCACUUUGUGGCUCAGGAGCAGGGCUCCCCAGGUGGUGUAGGCUCUAUGCUGAAGGGGAGUCAAAGUGGAGUGCUUGCUAGCGGAGGGGGGAAGGAUUCGGAGUUGUCCUAUGUGAGUGGAGCCCACAUUAUCAUCCCAGGGGCAGCGGCUGCUCUCCUGGGAGGCCAUGCUCUGCAGGGCCUGGGCGGCUCCCUGCCCUUGUCCCCCCUCAGUCCUCGACCCCUGGACCUCAGCACACUUGGUUGCCCCAGCUCCCCUCCAGGCAGCUUGGGAGGCACACCCAUCCUGUCCUUCAAUGGCUCCCCGCUGGGCCUGGCCAAGUCCCCUCUGCUCUCCCCGGCGUUCCCCUCCUCGGCCCUGGGCCUGCCAAUGGUGUCCGUGCUGGGGGCUGCGUCUGAUCGCAGGGUCCCCAGUCAGCAGGCCAAGAGGGGCCGGGGGGAGGAAGGCGAGAACGAGGUGACUGGGGGGGUCCUAAACCUUUCCACAGGAGGGUCUCAUGAUCCCCUGUCCUGGGUGGUCAUCCCCCCAGGCACCGUGGUGCUCAAGCCAGCUGUGGUCAACUGAUACACACACACACACACUCACACACACAUUCCAGAAGAGCUCAGGGGGUCGGGAUGGGAGGGUGAACGCCAUAGUGAGGGUACGGGCAGUCAAAGGUGAUAGGGAUUGGCUCGCACAAUCAAAUCCAGGCAAUGCAUUUCAGAGAGGGGGUGGGAAAAAAGAAAACAAUAGAGAAACUCAGUCAGAUAAACAAUAGAUAACACUACACCUCACAAGAAUUAAGAAUACAACGCAAGCCUCUUUUAUUGUUGGGAAACUAAGGGGCCCAAGAACUCUGUUCAGGAACAUGUAAGGCUCUGUAUUUCUAUCACAAGGCCUGACAGCGGGCUCCUUGUUGCUUAUUUUAUACUUUAUUCAUUCCUGUUUGCUGGUUCUGUGGACGGGGGUCCAUGAACGUGACAGUCUUAGUGCUCUGUGUUCUCUCAAAAGUCCUGAUUCAUUAAAGUAUUUAUAUAUGACUAUACUUAAUCGACAGUGUGCCUCCAGCUUAGCAGUGAGAUAGAUACACCAUGAAACUGAAUGACGCUCUCUCAGUUAGGCAAACGUGCACGUGACAGGAAGAUUCUCCACAGUUGAUUUCAAAGUUAUGACCUAUUUUUCACAAACUGUGAUUAAUAUGAUUCAGACAAGCUUGCCAAACCAAAGCAAGUGAACUCAAACUGUCUUGGAUUGGGUGUUGUGCUGGAGAAGGCUGCAGGAGCCGGCUUCAGCUCUGAGACAGUUCAAUUUAACACAGCACUUAAUAGUGUCAAAUGGUUAUAGUGUUGAAACCUCAAAACUGCUGCUAACCUCUUGGCUCCCCCAGUGUAACAUAAACUGGGAGAGAGCAAUUUUUGACAAUCUGUCCCCAAUUUGGGGAGGGUGACAAACACGGACCAGCCUAGUCCACCAGAAUGUGUGCCAGGCAUUCAGACUAGGGGCUUUUAGGGCGCAGAGCAAUCUGAUGACUUACUGCAGACAAAUGGUGUAAUAUCACCUGACAAUGACCAAUCAUCACUUCCUCUUUUACACAAGUGAAAUUUAAGGCACUUGUGUGUCUGGCUCCCCCCUCUGGUCGGACAAGAUACACAACAUCCCACUUGUCAUUUACAGAACUCGCACUGUUUUGCUUCUGGAUUGUCCAGCUGCUUUCCCGUAAUUGAAUCAACACGGCCAGUUUGUGUAUGAAAGGGCCACUGUGGUGAUAAACACUAGCGUCUUGUACUUUGAAAAGUGACCCGACCCAAAACCAGCUGUGAAAAACAGGUGGUCAUCCAUUCAAAGCCCAACAUAGCCGUGUUGGUUGAAGUUUUGUCCCAAGUUCAACAAGUCCCAAGCUGUGCCAAAAAUACCUGGAGAGGGAAAAGAGGGAUGUACGUAUUAUGCCACAGAGGGGGGUGUGAUGCACUCAAUGCCACAUACAGCUGGACUGUCUAGGAAGCCACACUAUUGCAAACUGCCUCAUUUUAUUCUGUCCAAAGGGGCAAAAAAAAGAAAGAAAAGAAAAAAAGACUCCUUUGACUUCUGGGAAAACUUUUCUCACGGUUCGAUUACGCAGUCAACAUGCACUUACCACACACUAUAUUUCUUACAUGUUUUAUGAAAUGUUACUGCCAAUUCAUGGUUCUUUAAAGCCUGUCUUGCUCUUAUCUCAUUUUGGCUCAGGCCUGCAAGGGUCGAUUUCGCUGUGGGGUCCUUCCAGGCUUGUAUUGCUAGUUUGCUAAUGCAUGUAUGAUGUUGAUUGCCGUGUCUAACAGAGGAGAGGUAGGGGAGCAGGAGAGGAUCAUCACAACACAAGGAACAUUCCCUCAAGAGACUGACACACACACAACCCUCUUCUCUUUAACUCCUCCAUCUCUCCUCUUCCCAUCUGCUUUGUUGGCGGUCUUACUUUUCCAUCGCCCAGUCUUAGAAAUAAUCAGUUAUUGCUGUUUUAUAUUUGUGUCAUUGGUUUUUUUUUUUGUUUUGUUUUGUUUUUGCUGUUGUUCAGACGAGACAUUUUUUCUGAUGUUGAAGUUGCUUCUUGUGUUCUGCGAAGGCUGCUCUACGCUCAGCUUUCUGCUGUUGUGGAGGAGUCUUUUGAGGAGUUGAAGAGAGGGAGAGGUUUGGGUCAUCUUUAAGGGCAAUGGUUCCCGACCUGGGGUUUGGGACCCCCAAGAAGUUCCCUGAAAUGAUUCUGAAGAGAAUCAAUUUAAUCAAGAUGAUUUCAUUGAUAUAAAAGACUUUUUUUUUUUUCCAUUACACAAAAUAGUGUUAACGUUUAUUUAGUAAUAUUUGCUUUUAGCCACACUAGCUGGGUGGCUCAUGGAUGGCAAAGUCAGUCUGUAGUUCAAUCCACCACUUUUAUCCAGACUGAAAUAUCUGAACAAUAUUUGCAUGGAUUGCCAUUAAAUUUUGUACUGACAGUCAUAGUGCCUAUAGGAUAAAUCCUAAUGGCUUUGGUGAUCCCGACUUUUUCUCUAACGCCACCAUGAGGUUGAAAAUCUUUGUUUUGUUUGUCUCAACAACUAUUGGAUGGAUUGCAAUGAAAUUUGAUACAGAUAUUCAUGUCUCCUUUAGGAUGAAUAUUAAUAACUCUGGUGACUUUUUAUCUUGCACCAUCAUCAGGUUAACCUUAAUUUGUUCAAUACUUUACUUUAUGACCAUAUACCUGUAAAAUUUAUAACAUUCCCAUCAGCCUGCUUAACAUCAGCAUGUUAGCAUUUAGCUCAAAGCCUCAGUACAGGCAGAGAUGCUAGCGUGGCUGUAGACUCAGUAGGUUCACCUAUUCAGGUCUGUGAGAUUGAUGUACAAUGAAAGCAUGUGGGAAAGAAAUCUGCUCACAACAAUAUAUCCAAACUAUGACCAUAAACUGUAGAUAUUGCUUCAUUUUAUGGGGGUUGCAAGCCAAAAAGGUUUGGAACCAAUGCUCCAUUGGGAAAAUGAGAUCUUAGAUAGGUAUUCAGUGGGCCACAUGACAUCACAGUCCUCCAUGACAAUCACAUUGGUGCACUGAGGACCAUUUAGAGAGUUGAUGGGCAUAGAAAAAAACGCAUUUUGUUUUAAGUGUCCUUACAAAGAAUUAUCUUCAGUCUCUGCUCCCUUUGUUUUGACUUUUAAUUCCAGUUCCAUAAAGGGAAGCCAUAGAGAAAUAACAUCCGACUGUGAAAUGGCGGGCAUCACUGGGAGAGUGUGAGAGCAAAGAGAGAAACGAUUGGCUGAAUGAAUAAAUGAAUGAACAGGGGACAGGGAGAGAUGAGGAGAGAGGCUGUGUGCCAGCAGAGGGAAGAGAGGCAGAGGAUAGCUGUGCCGUGCAGCCGCCCUCCAUCUGGCCACCUACCCAGCAAACGGCCCUCUCAGCUCUGAAGUCACUGGCUGUGCGGUGCCCAAUGUGGCAGCCACUCACAUGCAUACCAGCCUGCAGAAAACUAGGCCACUGAACUCUGUCUGCCCUCUGGGUUUUUUCUUUUUUUAUAGAUUAAACCCAAAAGGCUCAACUCCCCCACCUCCCGGCCACAAAGCUUUUUACCAGAGAUGGAGAGAACAGUUAAACUAGCAAGCCGCAUUCACAGUAAACAAAAACAAGUAUAACCCUCCCUGUCUGAGGACGAGCUGUGCUGGGCUGCCCACAGGUCUGCAAGGAUUUACAUCAGCGAUGCACUUCAUACCUGUGUUUCUGCCUCAGUAAUUCUUUGUCAUUAUUAUCUCAGACACCUCCUCCCCCCUCACCACACACACACACACACACACACACCAGUGGUCAGUCUCUUGAUAUCAGAGAGUAUUGAAGAGGAUCUCUCGCUGUGAGUGGACAAUCCUGGUGUGUGAUGUCAUCAGAAACAGGUGUUAAGUAGGCUAGACAUGGUUUCCGUGGCAACAGUGAAACCCACAGAUGCGACGGCUCUCCUCCUCCUCCCUGUCUGUCCAUCUCUCCUCUGCUGGUAGCAGACAGGGACAGAGACUCAGCACAGCGGCAGAAAGCUGAUAAUAUGACACGGAUCCUCCCAGGGUCCAAAUAUUUUCAAUAUUAAAUAAGCUGUAUGAUCCAUUAACCCUUUGAGCUCAGUCUGUAAUGAACUGCACUUUUGUUCCCCUCAUUGCGUGUGUAGAUAGGGGGAUGCUGUUACAUCCUUUCUCAGUGUAGAGCUUUAUUCAUCAAUUGUUUUGGGAACCAAGAAUAAUUGUAAAAAAUUGUCACUGUUGAUACAGUCAUCCUCAGUCUGAAUUUAAAGUCUUAUUUUUAAAAGCGGUACUUGCUCCUGGAGAUUUUAAAGUAACCCUCACUUAAAGCUAUGAAAAGUGGAACUGAAAUCCAGGGCACAGGAAAAUUGUGUUAGCUAGGUCAGUGACAUUUUAAAGGGGUGCCAUUGACUGAAGUGCCACAGUGUUGCACAAAGGGUUAAUGAUAAGACUAAGGCCACGCAAGGCCUGUUCCAAGUUAUGUUUUUUGCACAUUUGUGAGAUAUUAUGUCAGUAUUUUAAUUUUUCCAAGUGCCUUUUUAUUAUAGGUAAAAUAUAGAAGCUAUACACUAUAUGAAAAAAAAAUGAUUAUAUGAAAAUAUAUUUUUUCCUGGCAUCAUGUUCUGUGGUUGAACAUGCAGAAUUUUAGAGUUGUAAAAGUCUCCAAUUGGUACAACAUAGCGGUGUUCUCCUGUUUUAGAGGAAUUUUAUUACGAUAUUGAUAAUAAUGUCAAUGAAAAGAAAAAUGUUUAAUAA